AGCCAGUCAACCGCCGCCCCUCGCCAGCGACUUGAACAAACAACCACGACAGCGUCUUCCUUCCUGCACACCUUCACGACACUCCUUUCCCGCGAGCACGCACGCCUCUCUUAGUAUUUCUACGGCCCUUCUAAUCAACAAUGCUUGACAAACUCGUCGGCCUCACCAUGCUGGUGGCCGCCUCCGUCGUCUUCCUCUACUACUCCAUCUGGACGUUGGCCAUGCCCUUCGUAGAUGCCGACCACCCUCUCCACGCAAUCUUCCCCCCGCGCGUCUGGGCGAUCCGCAUACCCGUCAUCCUCAUCCUGCUCGGCUCCGCCGUCGUCGGCUCGUUCCUCUCCAUCGUCAUGAUCCGCAGCAACAAGAAGAAGGCCGCCAAGGCCAAGGCCGCGGCUGCCAAGAAGAAGGCGUAAAGACAGCCCAGCGCUCGCCACCAGACUCUCUCUCUCUGUCUCUCUUCUUUCCUUUUUUUUGCGCCGAGGGAGAGGAGAGGAGGGAGAGAGGGAAAAAAGAGAGAGAGCAAGUGCGGUGGGCAAGGAAUCUGGUCCCUGUGCAGUCAACCCGAGAGAGGCAUUUGGGGAUCAGGUGCUUCGCGCGGGAGCUAAAGAGGAGGCGGAGGAGGAAGGAAAUGUAACGACGCUGGCCAGCACCUUGCAGAUAUGUGUGGUAACAUCUCAAAGGCCAGAUUGGCGGUACGAUUGGCCACAGACACAUCAAUCCCUAUAAACAGAGGAGGACGAGCUGAAGAACUAGACCAAAAAUAUACCACCCAUCUUCGGCCUUUCUGAGCUUAAGGAACCAGACCACUCGCCAUGAUCGCAGAGUGUCAGCCAAGUUGAGCCAAGGGCCGCA